AUGGAAAACGGAACAUACAGAAAUCAAAUUCUUAUAAUCGAAGGAUUGAGGGUCACACAUCAGUCUGCUUAUCCAGUGUUUAUUCUUCUUUUCUUAGUCUAUCUUUUCAUUAUGAUAUCCAAUCUUGGACUUAUGGUCCUGAUAUCAAUGGAGAAAGCUCUUCACAAACCAAUGUACCUUCUCUUUCUUAACCUUCCCCUUAAUGAUGUACUUGGUGCUUCUACUGUUAUGCCUGGUUUGCUCAAAGACAUCUUUAAAGAUGAUUCUGAGAGAUAUAUCAGCUAUGUUGCAUGUGUAAUUCAGGCAUAUGGUGUUCACGCAUUUAGUACAACAGCACACACUAUACUGAUGAUCAUGGCUUUUGACAGGUAUGUGGCCAUAUGCAACCCUCUACAAUACAACACAAUAAUGACCAACAAAAUGGUUGUUAAACUAUCUGCAUUAGCUUGGACAGUAGCAAUUGUCCCAGUUGGUGCUAUAUUGGCUCUUACUAUUAAGCUGUCACACUGUAGUUCAACUAUUUCAAAUCCAUACUGUGAUAAUCCUUCUCUGUUUAAACUUUCUUGUGAGAAUCUAUUAAUUAAUCAGGUCAUUGGAUUAUCAUCCUCUUCUUUGUUCUGGAUCAUCUCGAUAUCAUGCAUCAGUUUCACUUACCUAAAAAUUGCAAUUGUCUGCAUAAAAAAUAGAAACAGUGCACUGAAGAGCAAGGCUAUGAAAACAUGCAGUGCACAUUUGAUCGUGUACCUAAUUGUCCUUGGAUGUGGAUUAACCGUAAUUAUUCUGCAUCGAUUCCCACAAUAUUUGGAACAUGAAAAACUGGCUAGUGUCUUGUUCUAUGUUAUUCCCACCAGUCUUAACCCUAUUAUAUAUGGAUUUCAAACCAAAGAAAUCAGGCAGUGUUUUGAGCAGAUACUACAGAAAAGGAAAGUGAUUUCAGAAUGA